UCCACCCACAAUAAAUGUGCGCGCGCCUUGACUUGUUCCACAUGUUUUUUUCAUACACGGACGUCAGAAUUGAGAAUUUGGAUUGUGAGCCAGUCAGAUUUAUUGGCACGUGCAUAUUGAUGUAUAUAGGAGAACUAUUCCAUUUAGUUAGGCGACAAAAUGAGUAAGAAGCGAAACAGACAGCCAGAUGCGGAUUGCGAUGCCAGCGAGGCCUCCACCGAGUCUUGCGAGGAAACGAGCGCAGGUACAAAAUGUUUGCAUAUAGCUAAAGCUGUCAAUCUGAAUAAAGUGAAGAAGAAUAUAAAGAAGAUUGGAAUAAUGAAUAAAUGUUCCGUUUGUAAGAAAUUAGAAGUGGACCUUAAAAAAACAGAAGAAAUUUAUUUCUCAAAGCCAUUGUGGAUUUGCUUACAAUGUGGAGAUCAAAAUUGUGAUAAGGAAAAGCAUGCUAUAGAGCACUAUAAAAAGCCCCACAGUGAUUGUCAUUGCAUAGUGAUAGACAUUCAUCAUUGGAAUGUUUGGUGUUUCCAAUGUGAAAUUGAAAUUCAUCCUAAUAGCAGACACAUAUCACAUGAUAUGCACAUACAUGGUAAAAAGUUGUUAGAAACUAUUGAAUUCAUCAAGAAAUGUGCUACUAUGCAAAUACCACAACCGAAAACACCAGUAACACAAUGUCAAAAUCAAACAGAGAUCAUAACUGAUGUGCAGGAGAAAGAGAAGCAUAAAAUAUUGAAUAAUCUUCCCAAAGUUGGGGGUUUAGCAAAUUUAGGAAAUACCUGCUUCUUCAAUGCUGUACUUCAGUGCCUAUCACAGACUCCUUAUUUAAUGAAGGUGCUGGACGAUCUGCGUUUACCCGGACAAAAAUUUAUCUUGCCAGGUGGAAAGCACAAACCUUUGGAUGCAGAGGAAGAAGUGGAAUUUCCACCAAUUGAAGGGACCUUAGAGCGAUGGGGCAGUUUCACAUCGGUUCUUUGUGAAACUCUAUCAAAAAUGCAGAAUACUAACGGCUAUCAGACAUAUACACCUCUGAAUUUACUUUGUAAGCUUAGGAAAAAAACUACACAAUGUGUUGAUGGAGGGCAACACGACUCGCACGAAUUACUCCGACAUUUGUUGGAAAUAGUGCGAAAUGAGGAUCUUCGAAGAUACCAGAGCAUAAUUCUAAAAGAGGUAGGCUUGAGUGAAAAAACGAAACCAGACGGUGUAGAGAAGAGUCUGAAAUCACGCGUGAAAUUCUACGGCAACCAAGCAAGCACGCGAUUACUGGGACCAGAAACGGUAUUUCGUGGUGUGUUGGUAUCUACCUUACAGUGUCUGGAUUGUCAUCAUUCGUCGCAACGCACUGAGCCAUUCCUAGAUCUGAGUCUCCCUGUUACAGCAGACAAAUCACAGCCUCCGCUCUUGAAAAGGAAGAACAAUGAAAACGACACCUUUUUCGAUGUGACGAACAAUCAGCAACGCGAUUAUCAAACUCUUGACACAUCUUGGAAGCAAUUGAAAAAAGAAAAGAAGGCAGCCAGGAAAAACCGAAAGAUUAAAAGGCAUGAGAAUCAUAACAAUUAUGUGCUAAAAGAUUUGAAUAAUUUCACGGAAGAAAAUAAUGACAACACACCAAAGUCAGAGGAGAGUGAUGCUGAUGUAGAGGACAAUAUUGAAGUAGAUCAUUCUCAUCCAGAAAUUGGAGAAUCUGGAUAUAGUUCGGAAAAAGCGUCCGCCGUCACCAGUCCUAUAUCUCUUAUUGAUCCCCAUCAUCAUCCAAGCAACGACUUCAGUAACGAUAUCAACAAUCUGACAAGUCUGGAAGACGGUAAUCUGGGUAACAAUGCGGACAUAACACAAAUUAGACACCUGGUGAACAUUAACGUGUUAACUAGUCCUAGUCCAACCGAUGUAUCGAUGACAGACUUGACUCAAAUCAGAAUGCCGUCAGAAAAAAGCGAUAGGAAUGUCAGCUCAGUCAAUUCGGAGAACGAAGCAUCAGCUACGACAUUAUCUACCUCCAUGGUUCCUAAUUCUGAUGUCACAAGCCCUGAGGCACCCACUGCGAGUUUAAGCAGCUCCAUCGCUUCUAAGGAAAGCCCUACUAGUCCCGUUAAUGAUACAGAAAGAUUAGACGGUGUCGAGACAUGGAUGGCAACUACCUUAUCAAAAUGCAAUAGAAAUAAAUAUAAUGACGGAACUCCUAAUGAUGAUGAUGCCGAAGAACAAGAUUUAUGUAAUGAACUCGGCGAUAUUAUGAUGGGAAUGUCUAAAUUGGGAAUUUCGGAACAUCAGUCUGGGAGAUACAAAACUAAAGAAGGCGAAUGUUCUGUGGAAUCAUGUUUGAACCAAUUUACUGCACUGGAACUAAUGACAGGAAGUAACAAAGUCGUGUGCGAAGCGUGCACAGCUCGCGAGAAAAAGAGUCAGGAGAGUUCAUCGAAAAUGGUAUGCACUUCAAGUACCAAACAAUAUCUCAUUUCUCAAGUACCUCCAGUAUUAAUAUUGCAUUUGAAAAGGUUUCAAACGCAAAGAGUUGGUUUUCGAAAAGUUCUCAAGCAUGUGUCAUUUCCGAUGUUAUUGAACUUGGCACCAGUUUGUACGGAUUAUAAAAAACGUCGACUUUAUGCGCUUUAUGGGGUCGUCGAACAUAGUGGAACCGUUCAUGGUGGUCAUUAUGUUGCUUAUGUAAAGACAAGGCUGCCAUUAUCAUCGGAUGACCACCGAUGGAGUUUUCUUCCUAAGGAUAAGGAUCCUAAAUUGGAUAAUGUUAAAUCGAGUAAUACCAGUUCAGAUUCGGAAGGAGAGGAAGCAUCGGCGAAAGCCGCAUCUGUUGUAGAACCACCACCUGGAAGAUGGUAUUAUGUAUCAGAUUCUCGGGUAUCAGAAGUAGAUGAAAAUACAGUACUACAAAGUCAAGCGUAUCUGUUAUUCUACGAAAGGAUUCUCUGACUCAAUAGAACGAGGCAAGAUGAACUUGAAACUUGAAGGAAUUAUUCGCAUUUCUGGUUUUCGGGCAAAAAGAAAACUUUUACUUUUGAAAAUCUGAAUUUUACAAUUUUUUAUAUUAUAUUGCAUGUUAUUAUAUAUAUGAAAUAUGUAACUAAUGCUUAUAAUUUUAUUGAUUGUAUGUACAUUGCAAGAAAAAGAACUGGAAACUAUUAGAAAUAAUGAAAAUUAAGUUGUUUUCUACAACUAAUGUGAUAAAUGUAUUCAAUAUCCACAAAAAAUGUUUAAAUUAAUUAA